AUGCCCAGCCCUUUCUUUCAGUCCUACAACAAUAAACACAUUCGUAUGGCCUUAGCUAAUGUUCGUAGCAUUCAAAAGAAGCAAAAUGAUCUCAAUUUAUUUUUAUCAGUUUACAGACCAGAAAUAUUUUCUGUUAUAGAAACAUGGCUUACUCCAAAUGAUCCUGACAACUUAUUUUUACCUAGCGGUUAUUCUUUUGUUCGCAGAGAUCGUGCAACACGUGGUGGCGGCGUGGCUUUCAUCAUCAAUGACACUAUUCAAUACAAGAUCGUUUCAAUACCAUCCCAGUUCUCCCACAUAGAAAUAGUUUCAAUUGAUGUUUCCAUUUCAAAGAAAAAUUAUCGCUUCAUCUCGUACUAUCGAAGUGGUGGUUUUGAUAAAUCAGCAGAGGAAUAUGCGUUUGAUAGUGCAAGGUGCAUCAAAGAACUUAGCAAGGGAGAUGCUUCUUCCCGCGCUUGCUUAAUCGUCAAAUGUUUCACAUCUAAGAAUAAGGAUCUACUUGUGAAGGCUUUUUGCAGUUAUGUACGUCCUCUACUUGAAUACUGCUCACCGCUAUGGAAUCCGCACUACAAAUAUCAAAUAACCAAGAUUGAAAAU